UUAUUGGCUCUGCUGUGGAGGCGGUGGUUUAGGGGACCAAGAAUUCCGCGAGCCGGACACGUGGUAGUGAACUGUGAGGAGUUUGAGCUGUUUGAAGGACCAAAGAGUUGGGCAGUUUACACGACCUAGAGGAAUCCCUUAGGAUGAAGCUGAACCUUACUAAGGUAGUUAAUGGCUGUCGCCUGGGAAAAAUAAAAAACCUGGGCAAAACAGGCGACCACACCAUGGACAUUCCAGGCUGCCUUCUGUACACCAAGACUGGCUCUGCCCCACACCUCACCCAUCAAACGCUGCGUAAUAUUCAUGUACUUCCUGCCAUGGCUCAGCUUACACUGUCAUCGCUGGCAGAACAUCAUGAAGUCUUGGCAGAAUAUAAGGAAGGAGUUGGAAAGUUUAUAGGCAUGCCAGAGUCAGUCUUGUACUGCUCCCUGCAUGAUCCAGUCAUUCCCUGCCCAGCUGGUUAUGUCACAAACAAGUCUGUGUCUGUGUGGGGUGUUGGAGGACGAGUGGAAAUGACUGUUUCCAAGUUCAUGGCAAUUCAGCAGGCCCUUCAGCCAGACUGGUUCCAGUGCCUCUCAGAUGGAGAGGUGUCUUGUGAGGAAGCAACUUCCAUAAAAAGGGCCCGAAAGUCUGUGGACCGGUCACUUCUGUUCCUGGAUAAUUGUCUGCGGCUACAGGAAGACUCAGAGGUCCUUCAGAAAAGUGUGAUCAUUGGAGUGAUUGAAGGUGGAGAUGUGAUGGAGGAGAGGCUGAGGUCAGCACGAGAGACAGCCAAGCGGCCCGUAGGUGGCUUCCUUCUGGAUGGCUUUCAGGGGAAUCCAACGACCCUGGAGACUAGACUGCACUUGCUAUCAUCAGUCACUGCAGAGCUGCCAGAGGACAAACCAAGGCUUGUCUCUGGUAUUAGCCGGCCCGAUGAGGUGCUCGAAUGUAUUGAAAGAGGAGUGGACUUAUUUGAGAGUUUUUUCCCUUAUCAAGUGACAGAACGGGGCUGCGCCCUGACUUUCAGCUUUGAUUACCAGCCGAAUCCUGAAGAGACAUUAUUACAGCAAAAUGGGACACAAGAAGAAAUAAAAUGUGUGGAUCAGAUAAAGAAAAUUAAAACAACUGGUUGCAACCAAGAAAUGACAUCAUUUGAAAUUAAUCUCAAGGAAAAAAAGUACCAAGAGGACUUUAACCCACUAGUGAGAGGAUGUUCCUGCUACUGCUGUAAGAAUCACACCCGUGCAUAUAUCCACCAUCUGCUGGUGACCAAUGAGCUGCUGGCCGGGGUCCUGCUUAUGAUGCACAACUUUGAACACUAUUUUGGAUUUUUCCACUCCGUCCGAGAAGCACUAAAAAGUGACAAACUGGCCCAGUUGAAAGAGCUUAUCCACAGGCAAGUAUCUUGAGACCUUGCAAAUACAAGUCUGACUCUUCACACUGAGCCUGUACUACUGUUAGAACAUGGGACAAAAUGAAGAAGAACUGCCCUUUGCUUUAAUCAUUUAUGCUUGGGACUAAGGUCUGAAGAAAUAAAGAAUGCAUGUAGCAAACUGCCCACAUGAGGGUGAAGAGAUUUCUUCUGAAAACUUAAAUGACCUGGAUUAAUCAGAGAGAAUUGAACUAUGACCUUUAAAAUUUUUAGGCUAACUCUUUUAGUUUAUAGAGAUUCAUUUAAUCAAAAACACAAACUUUAGAUGUGAGUGAGUGGACAGCGUGGAAGUGGAGGGAUGAGAUUCUGAGGGGCCACUGAGUUGGAGUGAAGCUUCAGAGGAGAUGACUGAGCAGCAUUGACCUCUGUGGACACAGGCCUAUAGACUGGAGGAGGAAUCUGGCUGACUUUGAUCUUCAUACUCGGGAGGCUCUUUUGGAUACGUCUGCCUUCCAAGCUGCCCUAGCCACGCAGUCAAAAUGGCUCUUGUGACUUAAUUGGACUUGCAUCUCCCUGGAAUUUUGGGCUCAAACAUUGCUCCUGUGAUUGGUUGGCCCAGGUUACACUCUUUCAUUUGGCCACAUGGUCUGUUUAUGACUUGUCUCUCUAGAGCCAAGGCAGUUGCCUGCUAGGAGCCAAAAUUUUGCCUGUCUUUCAUUUGGAAGUACAAAUCCACUGGGGUCUGCCUUCCAGGCUUGUUAAUAGUCUGACCACAUAAUAACUAUAGCUCCAUCACUUGUGAAGAUUCAUUUGCAGUGUGUUCACUUGGACGGGCUCUGGCCUGGCAAUUAGAGCAUGAGUUUCAGUCCUGCUCAGUGGUGACACCUGGGCUCAUCACUUAUGCUCUCCAGGCCUAUUUCCUCCUGAAUAAAUGGGAACAGGCAUGUUGGAUAGGACUAAAUGAACUUCCAAUAUUCUGUCUAGCUCUAAAAUUUGAGGAACAAAAUGUUUUAGAUAAAGUUAUAGCCUUACUUGUUGUCCUUGCUUAUUAAUCAUUAUUGGUCUGAUAAAAGAAAGGCCACAGUGCUGGAGAUAGACAACAGUAGAGAUAUUUGAGAGCCUAAAAAGAGGUUUGGCCUAUGGAUUUUAAAGUGGUUGGUGAACUGGCGUCAGCAGGUCCCGAGGCUGGUGAUGGGGGUUCUUCCUAAGUCAUUUCUGUAUUUAUCAGGUUUUCAAUAAGGAAUACACAUACAUGCACAUGUACACAUAUAAUUUUUUUUUUUUUUAGUUGGGGAUUCAUUGAGGGUACAAUACACAUAUAGUUUUUAUAAGAACAACAAUAGCAAAACCAAAAUGAUGCACCUUUUUUCGUUGGGGUAAGAAAUAUAUUUAUUUUAUAUCCUUGUAUUUUGCUGUUUUUUCAAAAUUUAGUGGGCAUUACUAAACGUCGUUUCUAAUUAUUAUAUGGCUACUGUUUGUUUUAUGUGUUGGGAGCCUCUGUGUACAAUUUUCUUUCUAAUAGUAUAGGAAUAUCCAUAAAUUUCAAAAAUUCAUGAAUAUUUCUAAAACUUCUCCUACAUGAAUGGCAAAGGGUACUCAUGGAAAACGGUUUCUGUUCUCCAGGAUCUGAUUGUUGUGAAAUGUGUUGGAUUGGAGUCACUCAUAUUUUCAUGUUUCUGUUUACUACCACCCCCAUUGUUGGAGGAGUAUUGGUAAAUAUCCCAGAAUCCAUGUAAUAUUUAUGAGUUUUAUUUAUGUUCAAAACACUGAAAAUUGUGUCCAAUAUUGUUCAGUUUCCUGGGUCUUUUUCUUAUUAGCACAUUUGAAAAAAAUGUUCCUUUAAUGUAGUAAAUCUAUGAAAGGCAAUAGCCAAUAAAACAUCUUUUAUUAAAAACA